GUAUUAGGUGCAAGCAAAUAUGAGACUGAUAGAGCCCAUAAGCAUAUUGCUUUUGCUGAACUUGUGAAUCCGUGAAAGAAAAACACAGAAAUCCGGGAUCGGAAACAAUGGCAUCGAAUCAGCAAGGCGGUGGGGCAAAUAAACCCGCAAAGAGGAAGCCGGUGUUCGUCAAAGUGGAUCAACUUAAGCCGGGAACUAACGGUCACACCUUGGUCGUUAAGGUCUUGUCCGCCAAUACCGUGUUGCAGAAAGGACGACCCUCCAAUUCUUCUCAGAGCCUCCGUCCCACUCUCAUCGCCGAGUGCCUUGUCGGCGACGAGACUGGUACCAUCCUUUUCACCGCUCGCAACGAACAAGUGGACCUGAUGAAGCCAGGUACUACAGUAAUUCUUCGAAAUGCAAAGAUUGACAUGUUCAAAGGAUCUAUGAGGCUUGCUGUUGACAAAUGGGGUCGUAUUGAGGUCACUGAUCCUGCAAAAUUUGUGGUCAAAGAGGAUAACAACCUUUCUCUGGUGGAAUACGAGUUGGUGAACGUGGUUGAAGAAUGAUUCCUUUGGAUAGUGGAAAGAUGACUUGAUGAUUUGUUUACCAAGCACAUGGAUAUUGUCAAGGUAAAGUAUUUGACUUGUGACGAAGGAUGGGUUUGGGUAUACCUUCGCUUACAUAAUGUGAUUCCCUUAUAACUACUUGGCAUCUUUUUGGGUGAAGUUGAGGUCGCUAGAAAGGUGUUGUGUUAUGGGGUUAUGAUAUUUUAACCUUUGUCAACUGUAUGCAGAGAUCUUGAGAGAAAAUAUAAUAUUGUGUUAAUACAAUUA